UUGCUAAUUUUCAGCCCAUCCUUGUAUAAAAACAGACGAGCAACGCAAGGAGAAGCCUACGAACCAACAACUUACGAGCAUUGGGCAAAUACCAUCUCUCAUGCUGUUGGUGUUAUUGGUAUUGUCCCUAGUGUGCUGGUCUUCUACCACAUGACCUCAAUUGCACACCGUGAGUUACAGUUCUAUCUGAUGAUCAUCUACGGGUUGUUCACUACGUUGCUGUUUUCGUCGUCCACUUGUUACCACGCUUGCGAAUUAAAAUACCGCCAGAAAAGAGAGCAGCCGAAACUGCGGUAUUAUCUGCACAUUUGUGACCGCGCCGCCAUAUAUUUAUUCAUAGCCGCAUCAUAUACUCCUUGGUUAACCCUUAGACACUGUGGAUACCCUGGUUUGAAUCUCAAAUGGAUGAUUUGGAUGUUCGCAUUAAUGGGCAUAUUAUAUCAAUAUAAUUUUCAUGAGAACCUAAGCACAUCACUCGCGUUGUUUGAAAAAGCAACUAAAAUUGGUGCUUCUUGUCAUACUUAUGCAGUAUACUCAUCCUUACUGGGACCCGAUCCAAAUAAUCCAGUCCCAGAUGUUUCUAGAGUAGAAUUAUAACA